UGUUUUAUUGUGUGUGUGCAAAACAGCGAGAGGUGUUAAAUGUUAUAAUUUUAUUUAAAAGAAUCUAGAAUAAGCAGAAAUUAAUCAUUUAUUAUUUUCAAAUGUGUGCGUGUUGUGAAAGCGUAGUGACAAAGUAAUUCAAAGCUAAAGUUAACUCUGAAGAGUCCAAUAGGAAUAAUUUUAACAACAAAGCUAUAUAAGCACAGUCAAGAAGAAGAUUCACAUGAGAAACAGAACUGACAUACUCACGCAACCAUACAUCCAUAUGUACAUCCAAACGUAAAUACUGCCGUUAUAAUUUGUAAACCAAAACAUAUGUAUAUCGCUUUUUAUUUAUGCAUCCGUGAGAUACCUCCCCUAUUUCUGCCGUUUCUGCCGUGUCUGCCGUUUUGUUCUCUCUGUUAUUGUUUUCAAUCGCGAGUGGCACUUUCCUGAUUGAAGUGAAGAACGCGUUAAAAUGCAGCGGCCAGUGAUUUGUAUUUAAAUAAAACGCAACUGCAUCUGAGUGCUUUUCCUGUGGGAGUUCCUCAAUCUUAGCCUCAGUCAGAGUCAGGAAGUGAUGUCACCGCCUUGGCCUGUCUUCGCAGAGAAAAAGAAACAGAACAGUUAUUAUCAUUGCAGCUGCUGCGCAAACAGCGACAGCAGCACCACAAACGGCGACAACAUCUCCGCUGCGCUGGAUCCUUAGGAUUCUCACACCCAUAAGCUCAUUGCUGCCACUGCCGCGUCGCAUCGCGAAAAUGCUAUUCCACUUACAGUUGCUACUGCCGGUGCUGCUGUUGUUCGCCAACAUAUGUUUGCAACACGUCGUCGCUGUCACAGCUGACAAUUUGGAGUCAAAAGCACAAUUCGGUGACUUUUUUCCUGACCUUUAUGAUUUUACAAAGCACACUGUGAUACAUCCCCGAGUGCAUCACGGAAAAACAAGGCGCAGUUUACAGAGCUCUCUGGAUGCAGUGGAUGGCCUCCACACGCCGCACAUAACCUUGACCUACACGCACGAGGGUCAACGCAUUCAAAUCGAGCUUCAGCGCAAUGACGACUUACUGCCGGCAGAACAUUUCCUGCGCUAUCAGAAUGCAACAGGUGGUGGCUAUAAGCAAGUGAUAAGCAAUUUCACAAAGACUGAAAUUGAUUUAUGUCUUUAUCAGGGCUAUAUACGUGGGCAUCCGGACUCGAAGGUGGCUCUCUCAACUUGCGGAGGCAGGCUCAGCGGCUUCGUGUCCGAUGGCACACACUCAUACUUUAUACAUCCGAACGAGGAGAGCAGCGGACGCUUGCAGGAUGCACAUUAUCUACUUAGACACGCUGACAUGCGCGCACAAAACAGAACCUGUGGGGCGGGUGAUAACGCGGAGGCGCAUGGCCAUAAUGAAUCGGACAUAACAAAGUCCAAAACGAAUGGCUUGAAUGGUUUUAAGUUUGGACGCAUGUUGCGGCGAAAGCGACAUGCAGAUGACAAUCAGUUGAUACGUGGUCCCUACAAUGCCAACAAAUACUCCUCAUAUGUGGAGCUUGUUAUUGUGGUGGACAACAAGGUGUACAAACACUUUGGCGAGAAUACCAAAAAAGUUCAUCAGUACUGCAAGGAAUUGGCCAACAUUGUAAAUGCCCUGUACGUGCCUUUGAACAUAUUUGUGGCGCUCGUCGGUGUGGUUAUCUGGAAUGAAUCGAAUGAGAUUGAGUUCUCCAGCGAUGGCGAUGUGACCCUGCGCAAUUUCCUCAACUAUCGCAGCACUAAACUUGUGUUAGACCAUCCUAAUGAUAACGCACAACUUUUGACAAAGGAGGUCUUUGCUGGCGGAGUGGUCGGAAAGGCUCUGAAGGGACCCAUCUGCACGUACGAAUACUCGGGUGGGGUUUCUAUGCAACAUAGCCAAAUUUUGGCGGUAGUGGCGACGACCAUGGCACAUGAGAUGGGCCACAACUUUGGGAUGGAGCAUGAUUCAUCAGAAUGCAAGUGCCAGGACGAGAAGUGCAUCAUGUCCGCCUCGAGCACGGCGGUAGUGCCAGUACACUGGAGUAGCUGCAGCAUCGACCAGCUGACCAUUGCGUUUUCACGUGGCAUGAAUUAUUGUCUGCGAAACAAACCCGCAAAACUGUUCGACUCUCCACAGUGCGGCAACGGGUUUGUUGAGCCUGGGGAGCAGUGUGAUUGCGGUAUGCCCAACCAUUGCGAGAAUACCUGCUGCAAUGCCCACACCUGCAUGCUACACGCCAACGCUUCGUGCGCCACAGGAGAGUGCUGCGAUUUGAACACUUGCCGGCCCAAAGUGGCCGGAGCAGAAUGCCGCGAGGCUGAGAAUGAAUGUGAUCUACCAGAGUACUGCACGGGUGAAUCAGAGUACUGUCCUGCAGAUGUCUAUCGCCGUGACACGGAACCGUGCGACGGAGGGCAGGCAUAUUGCUUUAAGGGCAAUUGUCGCUCUCAUGCGAAUCAGUGCCGCAUACUGUGGGGACCCACCGGCGACAAUUCCGAGCAUUGCUACUACAAAAAUACCGAUGGUUCACGGAUGGGUAACUGCGGGUACAAUCGGUUGAACAAGACAUUUGUAAAGUGCAAGGAUACAAAUGUUAAAUGCGGCAUGCUCCACUGCAUCCAUUUAAAUGAGCGACUGGAAUUUGGUAUGGAAUCGGCAGCCGUUUUAUCACACUCUUAUGUCAGCCACGAUCGCAAGAUCGUAGCUUGCCGCACCGCCCUAGUGGAUUUGGGGCUGCAGAGCACCGAUCCCGGCCUGACACCUAAUGGCGCCAAGUGCGGCGACGACAGCAUGUGUGUCCAUCAACAGUGCUUGCCCGUGGAAGAGGUGCGGAAGCUGGGCAUGGGUGCCCGUUGCCCGGAUGAUUGCAAUGGCAAAGGAAAGUGCAAUAGUCGUGCCCAUUGCCACUGCGACAUUGGAUUUGCUGGCGAGGCAUGCACGCGCCCCGGCCCUGGUGGCUCUGUAGACAGCGGUCCAGCCACAGAUCCUACUGCCAACAAAAUCUUCCAGCAUUUCCUGUACAUUCUAUUCUUCGUUGUCGUACCGAUGCUGUUUGUGUGCGUUUUGUUGUACCGGUGCCGGGAAACGAAGUACCUAGCCGGUGGAAAGUUUUCCGAGAACAUUUUUAAAGUGGCUAGCUGUAGUAAACAAGCACCCACGCGUCCUCCCCAAAAUGGCGCUGGGCCACCUACGGGUUCUGGACUGCCCAAGUCUACACCUAGCAGCACAGAUGACAUGAACUCAGCGCUGCUGAAGUCACCCAGCGACUCCACAGAUGCCAAUGCAUCCGCUGGAAACGGAAUGUUUGGCAAAUUUAAGGGCUUUACGCUGCGUCCUUUGAACAACACAAGCUCUCCGGCCAGCAAUUACAACGCCCCAAAUGUAGCGUUUGUGCAACCCACUUUACAGCAGGACAACAAUGGGGUUCCGCAGCGAGCAGCGCCACCGCCACCGACCCCCCCACAUAAGGGAUCCGAGCAGGAGGCAAGAAACACCUUGCCCAGGAAGGCGCCAGCGCGACCAGCGGCACCAUCUACGUUGACGUCCAUACAGGCGCCGGCACUGCCGCCACCCAAUCCUGGUUCUACAGCGCGGCCCAUUAUCUCUCAGCCAGUGCUGGACUCAUCGACGCUAACUAUGGUGCCGCUGAAGAAAAGCCCCGACGAGUUAUCCCCAACACCUAGUGGUACACAGAAGGCAGCACCACCGCCACCAGUCCCGCUUCACACGGAUCCCAAGCUUAAUAUCAAACGAGACGGAACUAUCCGCCGCUUUGCAUCAUUUCUCAAGAAGGAUGAGAAGCCACCACUUAAGGAGAAGACCUAUAUUGAUCGCGAACGCCUUCGAACGCUAGAAAUAUCAGCUCCUAUGCCGGUGGCAACACCUGUGAAUGCAGAAUCUUCAAACUCGGACUCUGAAACGACGCCACGUGAAGACGAAACAAAGAAUUUAGUUAAGCGCACGCAAUCCAUGCGCUCGCCAACGAAGAAGGCCCAAAUCCAAACAUUUGGCUCCAUGAGAUCGCCUCAGGGUGCUUCGCGCCCCAAGAGUAAUAUUGUCAAUAGCGGCAAUGCAUUGCGACCGAAAUCGCCGCCGCCACGACCCCCACCCGUAAUAAAGAAGACCAAUUCUACCACCUCGUCGGGCUAUCAACUGCCCGUAGCUACUGCCAAAAGCACUGUAGAAAAUACCUACGAUGAUUGCGAGGUAGUAGAGACUGUACUUACGCAAGGAGACACGCGUGCCUCAAACGAUGACAUCUACUCGGUAAUCGAUGAAAUACCGCCGGCGGCGCAGACGCUUAAGCGCAGUGAUCUGGUCAGCGUAGUCUGCAAUAGCUCUAGCGAUAUGGGACUAUUGGGCGAGAUUGUCAAUGAAUUUGAAAAGAUCAAUGGCGACUCCAUUUACUCUGGAACAGCUCUGAACAAGCCCAAUUCGACGAAUGAGGCGCCACGCAGCCCAACGCGACCGGCGCCACCUAAACCUGCGGGUAGCGGCGGAGAGGAAAAGACAACCACUACGGCAGCGGCGCCCGCUGUCACGCCUACAUAUCUGCGUCCAGCGCCGCUUAAUGCCCCGGUGGCACGAGUGGCACCCACGCGCUCUGACAUAUCACCAUCCAGAGCGUUCUCAAGCUUCAAACCACCGCCGUUGAGUAGCGGUGUCAGCAAGACGCCAAUAGCAACCGCAGCAUCAACGUCUAUUGAUCAACCUGCGCGGAGUGGUGCCACGCGGCCUAAAUCCAUUACAAAAGUAGCAACAAAACCACUGCCCAAUGCAACAGCCACGCCCUCAGCCACAAUACAAAAACCUAAGCCGCUCUCGGCCAAGCCAUCGUUCAGUAGCGGGCUGUCUAAGAGAUCCCCCUCAGCUCCCUCGACAUCGGCGGCCCCAACACCGCCAACGGUUAAGACCUCUAACAUUGCGUCGUUAACCCAACGAUUCGAAAAACGCAAGUAGUCAGCACACAACCCCUUCGCUUGGCACUGAUUUCGCAGCUGACGACCAGUGGGCGUCGGUGAUAUUUUUCAUUCCUUGAACGCGUUUUAAAAUACUUCCCACUCCUUCCCCAUCUGUAUUACUCAGUCGAAACGUGUUUCUUUAUGGCCCGUCUUCUCAUCUUAUUUUUUGAGUGAUUAGUUAAUUCAUUGGACAAGAAGUUAAACUCAAUUUUAAUGUAGAGUGCAUUUAAAGUGGACAACACUUACAUAUUGAUUCUUAUAAUCAAUAAGCAUCAGAAGAUGCCGGUUCCACUGGACAGCUUACAUUUAAAUGUAAAUUACAUCAUAUAUGUAUGUACUAGAUGGAAAAAACGGGUUAUUUAAUUGUUAUAUUAAGCGGUUUUAUUUGCAUCUAUCACUGGUAUUUCAAGUUUAAAGAAGAGCAAACAUAAAAGCUUCAGUUCCAAGCGACCUAUUUGGGAUAAAAUGUAUGUGCUCGGACAUCAUAUUAUCUAUGAGUAGCAAGGAGGCAAUAUGUGUACUUGGCAUUACAGCUCACCAGGGUACUGUCGGCAACGAGAAACGGAUAAGGCGAAGUAACCCCAAAUGGAGCUGAGUACUGUAGAAAAUGCCCCUAGGGCACUACCUGCCGAGCUCCGAUACUGUAUAUUCAAUAUUAAAAUACCUUUAAAACAACUCUUGAAACUAGGGGAUCUCGUGAAUUGCGGCACCACUAAGGACCCAAGUGUCUCCUGAAUUUAUCGUGUUUAUGUUUUCGUGUAACAUUUCCAAUGACUAUUUCCACUAGCAUAUUGCACAGUGAAUGAACCGGUGGAAUCAGGCUAUUAGUAGGCAGAUGACGAAAUUGAGGAUGUCUAUUUGUUAAAAUGGUUGUCAACUUUGAGAAGAACAUGAGAAGUCGGGUCUAUUUAUUUGUUAGCUCCCUAAUGAUAAUAUUUGAUGAGUGCGAGCUCGAACGUCGAGCUCAUGUAUCAUGCAAAAUGGGAGUUGCAUGUGUCUGUAAUUAUAUCAUACAAGUAUUGUAGGUAAUCAUAUAAUACACAUACUCGUAGUACAUAUAUAUGUAUAUUUAUGUAGUUUACUAGAUGUUAUGCUUUUGUAAAUAAAAACCAAAGAAGUCUAAUUGUCACAAAAUGCGCCACGUGCAGAUAUCUUAAUGCAAUUAAUUCCACAACAAAUGUAAAUUUAAACGCUUGUAAACAAGAUAAUGCGUAAUGUGCGAUUUCCAAUAAUGCUCUCAAUGAUUUAAAAAAAAAACAGCUGUUUUCAUAAAUAAAUGAAUUUUUCCUUGUAAAAAAAACGUAACUGAAAAGUAGGUAACAAAAAUCAACAACAAACGAUAUCAAAAUAUAACUUAGUCUAAUUGGGUUAGCUUAACGCCUAUGUGAAACGCCAAUUAUAGCGCAAAAGUUGUGUAAUUUAGCUUAUAAAUCAAAUUAAAUCCCAAAAUAAAUGAUAAAUAAUUUAUUUUCAAA